ACAAACUAAAUGUAAACAUUUAGGAGCUUUCCUUAUACCUGUCAGUUAAUUAAUCUUAAAUACGUUUAAAUCAGUGUACAAUCUCUGCUUAAGCAAAUAAAAAUAAGAUUAAAGUGUAUAAUUGUGUUUAUUUAUGAAAAAUAGAUAUGGAAGAGCCUGUAGGAGCCCAAUAUGCCAUCCAAAUUGCAGUCCAUACAUUAAAGGAAAGAUGUAGGACAUUACAGCACCGAAUAGCAGAAUUGGAGGAAGAAAAUGUAAACCUAAAAAUAACUUGCUUGCAAGCCGAACACAAAAAUCAGUCGUUAACUGAAAGUGAUAAAGUUAGACAAAAUUUAACAGAAGUUACUCAACAAAACAAGCAACUUCAAAACACAAUUGAUAUGGUUACAACAGAAAAUAAAGAAUUGUGGAGUAAAUUAGGUAAACUUACCAAAGUAAAUCAUAAUUUAGGAACACAAUUAAACAAAAUAAAUGAUACAAUAUCAAACCAUACAUCAACCUUAAUAAGAUCUAAAACUUUUACUCAAGUUGAGCCUCAUUCUAAAUUAUUACAGAAAAAUUUAGAAGAAAAUGAUAAAAUAAGUCUAGAGUUGGAAAAUAUAUCUCUCAAGCUUAUUGAUAGCUUUUCAAAGGAAAAACAAGAACUGGAAGCUUUAUGUUAUGAGAUUAAAGACUUGCAAAAUGUUGAUGCAAUUGUUACAGAAAAUUUUGCAUUUUACUGUGAUGAAGAUAUUGGCAGUGAUAUGUUCAAUGAUUUUUAUGCUGUAUUGGAAGAAAUUAAAGUUUUAAAAAAUGAGGCUCUUCAGGACCAGAAUCUUCUUAAAAUGUGUAUAUUAAAAAUAAAAGAAUAUGAGAAAAAUCUUGCCCCAAAAGUAGAGUGUUCUGAAAAAAGUACCAUAACAGAUGAACUAAUUCCUGUUAAAGAAGCUACUAGUGAGAACACUGAACACCAUUUGUCAGCAUCAUUAUCAGAAAUUGAUAAAAUUUGCCCCAUAUGCAGUAAAUCAUAUUAUAAAAACACAGCAUUUGAAGAAUUUCAGCAACAUGUAGAAGACCAUUUUAGUGGAGAUUCAUAUGAGAUUGUUUGACACAAAUAUAUUAUUUGUUAUUUUAUAUUACCUACUAUUAUAAUAAUAGCAAUAAAAUAUUUUUUUUAUU